ACCAUUGUUCAGAGCUUUUUGGAAGGAGGUGAAAAUUUCUUUGAUAUCUUUUUAUGGCGCUCCAAAUAAGUCAUAUCAUAUGAAAAUCAGCUCCAUAAUCUGCUUGAAAGCUUCAAACAAUUACACAAAUGGCGGGUAUUUCUUCGUCUUCCUCCAUCUCCGGGUGUCGAUGGAAGAGGUUUGGGACAAAUGGAGCAACAGACGAAACUCAACGAAUGUGACUUUCAUUUCGAGAUCGUAACAAUCCACUCAGACCAAAUUGUAAAACUAUCGAAGGAGCGUAAUCUCGGGUUAUAUUUACAGUUCAAUGACUAUGGUUCGUAGAGUUUGGUGAUCGCAUCGGCGAUCGAUCUGAGAAUGGGGUGUUCAUCUACUGAGCAUAAGUCGAAGAAAUUAAGAGGAACUUGAAUUCAGAAGCAGCGUGUAAAAGCAAGAUACCAAGGAGAGUCGCGAUAAACACCUCUUCUGUUAGUAAUGUGAACUCUGUAUAUAACAAUGAAUGCACGCCAUAUGUUCGAUGAAAUUCCGCUGAGAAGAUGCGUCUCCGCGUUGAAGUUAAAAUGGCAGAGCUUCAUUACGCAAUCUAUCAGCACGGACCUUCGCUUCUGCUCCCUUCAUUCCACCGUAACUAAUGCAGCUUCUGUGGUGGAUUUGUGUAAAGUGGUUUCCUGCUCGAUCGGUGGCCUAGAUGAAUUAGAAUCCAGUCUGAACAAAUGUACAGUAUCCUUGACAUCUCCACUUGUCACCCAGGUCAUUGAUUCUUGCAAAAACGAAGCACCCACUAGAAGAUUACUCAGGUUUUUCCUGUGGUCUCUCAAGAAUUUGAAACAUGAUUUGGAAGAUGAAGAUUUCAAUCAUGCCAUCCGCUUAUUUGCUCAGAAGAAGGACUACAACGCCAUUGAUAUUUUACUUUCYGAUCUUAAGAAAGCUGGCCGGGCAAUGGAGGGCGAGACCUUCGGUCUUGUGGCUGAGGCUUUAGUGAAACUGGAUAGGGAAGAUGAAGCACUGGGCCUUUUCAAGAACUUGGACAAGUACAAGUGCCCCCAAGACCAGUUCACUGUCACUGCAAUUGUUACUGCUCUCUGUGCAAAAGGGCAUGCCAAGAGAGCAGAAGGGGUUGUUUUGCACCACAGAGACAAGAUCUCUGGCAGCAAGAGUUGCAUCUAUAGAAGCCUCCUAUAUGGAUGGUAUGUUCAGAAUAACGCAAAGGAAGCAAGAAGGAUACUUAAAGAAAUGAAGUCGGAUGGAGCCAUGCCAGAUUUGUUCUGCUACAACACUUUCCUCAGGUGCCUCUGUGAGCAGAAUCUUAAGAAGAAUCCUUCAGGUCUUGUGCCUGAAGCUUUGAAUGUGAUGAUGGAAAUGAGAUCCUACAAAAUCUCCCCAAACUCAAUCAGUUAUAAUAUAUUGUUAUCUUGUCUUGGUAGGACUAGGAGAGUGAAGGAAUCGUGUAGAAUCCUCGAGACGAUGAAACGAUCUGGUUGUCGAGCUGAUUGGGUCAGCUAUUAUCUUGUGGCAAGAGUGUUGUUCCUGACUGGAAGAUUUGGGAAAGGGCGCAGGAUUGUGGAUGAGAUGAUUGACGAGGGAUUGAUCCCGGAUCRAAAAUUUUACUACGAUUUGAUUGGUAUUCUAUGUGGAGUUGAGAGAGUAAACUAUGCGCUUGAGAUGUUGGAUAAAAUGAAGAGAAGCUCAUUGGGGGGUUAUGGUCCAGUUUAUGAUGUGCUAAUACCGAAGUUGUGCAGAGGAGGUGAUUUUGAAAUGGGCAGGCAACUGUGGGAGGAGGCCAUGGCUAUGGGUCUGAAGCUUCGCUGCUCAAGGGAGGUUUUGGAUCCUUCAAUCACGAAGGUUUGGCUUCCAACCAGAAAGACUGACAGCAAAAUUCUUGAAGAAGUCAAUGGUGCUGAGAAGCAGAACCAAGCUGCUGCAACUGACCGACCAAAAGCUAAGGGAAAGAAAAGUAAGAAUCUGUCUUUGAAAUAACUUUUUUGAAUGUUUGUCUGACUCACUAUCUUAAAUUUUGGGUGGCAAUUCACAGUCACAUUGCCACAUUUAUAAAUAUAGCAACAAGAAUAUGAUUUUGCAAA